AUGACCAAAAAGGUUGCUCUCAUCACUGGUUGUAGUUCUGGCAUUGGUCUGGCUGUGGCUGAACUCCUAAGCAAAACGGAGGAUUGGGUAGUUGUUGGGUGUGCACGUUCCGUGGAAACGAAGAAGAUCAAUGAGACGUUGUAUCACUACAAAUGCGACUUACGAGACUCCAAGCGAAUUCAGAGUAUGUUUGACUACAUUCUCGCCGAUUUUGGCCGCAUUGAUCUGGCCAUCCUCAACGCCGGAAUUGUCAGUCAUACCAACUUGCUGGACUCGGAUGUCGAGGACUGGCGUGCUUUGCUCGAUGUCAACGUUCUGGCCGUCUCCCAUUGCACCCAAUUGGCGGUUAAGGCUAUGCGAGAUAACCCAAAGGUCGAGGAUGGACAGGUGAUCGUGGUCAAUAGUAUGUCUGGCCAUGCGGUUCAUCCGCAUCCCUUCGCCCGAUUUUAUUCGACCACCAAACAUGCGGUUACCGGAUUGGUGCAAGCUUGGCGAGAUGAGGUGGCGGAUAUGAAACCUGCCAAGAAUAUUCGGAUGUGCUCCAUCAGCCCGAGAAUGGUGGCCACAAACUUUAUUUACUCGCUAUUCCCUGGCAACAAAGCAAAGGCAGAGGAGCUCGUCAGGAAUGUUCCGUCCCUGACAUCCGAAGAUGUGGCUGAGCAGAUCAUGAACAUGAUCCGAAUUCCUGCAAAUGUUCAGAUCCAGGAUAUUCACAUGUCACCUUCUAAGAAACCGUUUUGAUGUGCUGCACUUCAAAAAUAGUGGCCUCAUCAAAGUCCCCAAAAGGGAUCGAGACAUGCCAA